AUGGCGGACGUUGUCAUUGUAGCAUAUUUAUUCGCGUUUUUAUUUAUAAGCGCUGGUCAUGCUGGCAUCACAGGUCUGGACUUUUCAGAAGACGAUGGAGCAUCGAUUACACAGACUCAAGUGGAUAAUCUCCUAAGAGAUGACACUUUUGAUAAAAAGAUGAUGGUUCAUCAGCCAAGAUAUGAGUGCCAUCAAUGUGAGUCACCAGACUGUGAUGACGACUUGCCACAACAAGUCUGCAGAUCGGCUUUAGCCUGCUUCAAGUCAACUGUCCGUGCAUCAAAUGGUGAACUGAGGUAUACAAGGGGUUGCUCGACCAGAUGGGAUCAUUAUCAGUUUACGUGUCGGAGGAAUCAAGCAUCUCAAGGAAGUUUGCACAAGCGGCAUGCUGGCAAGUUAAAUGUGGAUUGCUGCAAGGGCAACAUGUGCAACAAUGGCACUUUUCCUGAGCUAUCACCAGCUGAUACAGCUAUAGAACCACUUACAGCCAGCGCAUGGAAGCUAUGGGUCAGCGUACUGGCAUCUGUGCUGAUUGUCAGCAUCAUUGCUGCACUAGCUAUAUUGGUUUUGAGGAGGACUCAUAGAAUGCGUGUGCUCCAAGCAGCACAGAAGCUAGGAAUGGAUUCGAAUUACUUCUCGAAUAACAUUUACAACACCCCAGUCACUAGUGCAUUCUAUGAAGGUAUAGAUGGUUCACAGAAUGCAGUGCGUGCGGUGGCUGCAGGUGACUCAACACUACGCGAGUACUUGGAAAGUUCCAUGAGCAGCGGCUCCGGGUCUGGUCUCCCGCUCAUGGUGCAGAGGACUCUCGCGAAGCAGGUCACUCUCAUCGAGCGGAUAGGGAAGGGUCGUUACGGUGAAGUUUGGCGCGGCUCGUGGUACGCGGAUAGCGUCGCCGUCAAAAUUUUCUUCUCCCGCGACGAGGCUAGCUGGAGGAGGGAGACCGAGAUAUAUAGCACCGUCCUGCUCCGACAUGACAACAUCCUCGCGUACGUGGGCAGCGACAUGACUAGCAGGAAUAGCUGCACUCAGCUAUGGCUCAUAACCCACUUCCACCCCUUGGGCUCAUUGUAUGAGCACUUGAGUCGCACCACUCUCACCCGACACCAGAUGAUGGUCAUCUGCCUCUCCAUAGUCAACGGUCUCCUUCAUCUUCACACAGACAUACAUGGAACUCAGGGCAAGCCGGCGAUCGCCCACCGCGACAUGAAGUCGAAGAACAUCCUGGUGAAGACAAACGGCGAAUGCUGCAUCGCGGACCUGGGGCUGGCUGUCACCAGGCACCACGUUAGCGCCGGACUCGUGCACAACCCGAGGCAGGGCACCAAGCGAUACAUGAGCCCAGAGAUGCUUGACCGUUCGAUGAACCUGCAGAGCUUCGAGUGCUACCGCAAGUGCGACAUCUACGCGCUGGGACUGGUCUUGUGGGAGGUGGUUAGGCGAGUAGCUCCUGCAGCCGAGCACCGCCCCCCAUUCUACCACCUUGUGGGGCAUGAUCCCUGCUUCGAGGACAUGAGAAAGAUCGUCUGCGUAGAGGGCGCGAGGCCCGAGCCUCCGCUUGACCCCCAUCCGACGAUGGUGGGAAUGGCUGCGCUGAUGCGGGAGUGCUGGCACCAGAACGCGUCGGUGCGUCUCCCGGCGUUGCGUAUCAAGAAGACAUUACUCAAGUUAGCCUCAAAUGACGCUUCCAUUCACCUCGAUGAGGACAAUGAGGUGUCAGUUUAA